CAGGUCGGAAGUAGUACGAAGGACCUGACCAACGUUGCAUCGUGUCCAUCUCCAUGCGAAUACAUUUUUUCAUUUCCAGCAUGAUGAUGUUUCCGCUUUGCUACAAAGGUUGACCUCCUGUCUGCGCAAAAAUAGGUUUUCCAAUUCUGCAUUUCUUCAUCUACCGAGACUACGUACUUACAUAUUUCGAAGCUACUAGUUCUUUAUUCAAAUUUUACAAUCCGAUAUCAUUUUUUUCUUUUUAUUUGCGGGUUUCUGCAUCCGUUGAUUGGUCGUGGUCGUGUAUGCAACCUUGCUCUGAAAAAGAAGAUGGUCGUGUUAAUUUCUGGGACGACAGCCACGUCAUCGACUUAUUCAAGAGCGACAAUAUUAAAGCCUGGAGCUGGACCACGAAAGCCACAUCGCUUUUCCAAGAACCAGCUGGCCCCGGCAAGCCGCCUGUACUACUGCUUCCUCCUCAUCACUUGCGCCACCGUCCGUCACACCUGCUCAGCGUUUCGCCCUGGAUUUGACAGUACUAAUAGUGCACGACCUGGCACUAGAAACAGUGGUGAAGAAAGAGACGAGGUGGACACAAAAAAACUUGAUGUUGAACCAUCAGCAUCAACACCACAAGUGCCAGGAGCAGCAGUAGCAGAAGACAAAAAUAAUACAGAAACAGAAAGACGAGGAAGGCGAAGCAAGGUCAUAUCCUUAUCCAGCGAGGAUGUUUUGGCGGAGGACUACAGGAUUGGCGUUGAGAAAGACAGCCAGGCCGAAGGUCGGAUCUCUGCUGUGGCCGAGGUCGAAAAUACUGACCUCCUGCACCCCGUCAAGUUCCAACAAGUGCUGGCCCAAAAGGCCGCAGUAGUAGAGUCGGCGCGUGAACAAGACCAGAGGCAGGAUCAGGAACAGGACCAAAAGGUCCGGAAUUUUUCUAGCGCCAGCCAGCAAGUAGAAGAACCACAACGCCCGAGACUGGUGGAUGAAGAAGCGGACCAGGACCACCAGGACCACUCGAAGCUCUUCUACUUAUCUCAGCAGCCUCAAGGGCUUCUUCACCAGCGCGGCGGGGGCUCUUCAUCGUCCUCGUGGCAGUAUACGAACCAAGUCCAACAGCCUAGUACAGGAGGUCUUUUACUAGCAGAUAGUACAACUAGUCGAGCUUUUCCUGGCGGAGCAGCGCCACGAACAAAGCUCGUGCUGGGCGAAAGAGGAGGUAUGUCCAAAUGGUGAAGAAAGUGGCACAUAAUUCACAGCUGCUAGUAAUGUUAGUGUUACCAUACCAAAAUGAUAAACGCUCUUGCUAAAAAGAUAUACGAAGAUUGGAUUUGCUGCGUAGUAUUUGAUUGAAAGUUUUUUUUCCUCAAAAAAUAGAGGUCUUGUUCAAUACUAUGAUUUCGACGUUUACAACGUCUCAAAUACAACAGACCAACCUCGUCCCGCUGGAGCCUCUGAUUAUUCACAGAGCUGCAGCGACUUUUUGCAGCAAUCAUGUCAGCAACCUGGUCUCCUUUUCUGCCCCCGUGUAGGAGUUGGGGAACGAGCUCCUGCAGAGCGGGUGCUUUCUUCUGUAGAUUCCGGGUCGAUGAGCGUCGGAUCCAUUGGACAUCCGCACUCUUGCAAGUCCGCUUGUCGCUACGUCAAGCGCAAGGGGGGCUGCCGCUACGGAAACCAGUGCCCGAACUGCCACUUGUGCUUCUGGCGCCGGGAAAAAGUCGUUGCGGGAGAGGAUCAGGUGCGUGAUCUGCAUGAUCGAUAGAAGUGUGCUUUGUUUUUCUCAUCUAUCUCUAUGAAUUUUCCUUGUGCCGCCGCGGUCUCCGUGCAGGAAGAGGAGCAGACUAAGCAAGCAGGCUAUCAUCGUGUCGUGUGCUGCUCUUUGCCACUUCACAAGAAAUAUGGCGCAAUCUCAGUUCAUCAUCUUUUUUGUACAUUAGUUACUUACUAAAGUCCUCCACUAAAAACCUCACACAGUUUGACGACGCCGCGUCCGUUUCCUCGGGGAUGAGUAGUGGAACAACUUCCAGCUAUGUUUCCAGUAUUUGCGGUGUCGAGCAGACCUACCCGUGGCAGAUGUCCAUCGGGAGUUGCGGACACCCCAACACCUGCGGUGCCCCGUGCAAGUACGUUCGCCGAAAGACCGGCUGUCGAGAGGGCGAAAACUGCCCUAGUUGUCACCUCUGCCAGUGGUCUCGACCGAGCAGCAGCGAGAUGAGCGGCAGCCAUAGCCAUGCGAAGACGAAGACCAAGACGAAGAUCGCCAUCGCCAGCCGUCUGUUCCCCGGUAUUCCGGAGAACGAGGAAGAGGCUGGUUGUUUAUUCCAAGAGUCGUCGUCGACUCAUACGGGAACACGAGGAAAAACUACUCGCGUGGAGGACAACUUACAACGGAGCCAGCGGGAGAUGGACGAACUGUGCCUAUUGGUGGCGCAAGGGUGCAGGAGCGUACCAGACGAAGGCCGCUCAUCUGGAGAACGAUUGACAUCCUCUGUGGGCACGACGCAGCUGCGCAGACCAAUGGUUCCGGCAGAGCUCAGCAGCUCGCUCUUGGAGAUGAACGAGUUUUCUGUUGCUGCAGAACAAGAAUCGGAUCACUACGAUUUUUCCUUCAGCGGGCCGCAAGAGGACACGGAUGAAAUUGCGACUGGAGCUGCCGCGAGUAGACAUCAUAAUUCGCAGAGAACAACCAGUGGUGCCGGCGCUGCACUCUCUUCGUUCAUACCAUCGGGCACCAGGAGAACACCUGGCGCUGCAGUUGCAGGGGGUAGUAGUAGGGCGAGCGGCGCCUCACAGUCUACUUUUACCGGGUCUGGAGGAAUGGGGACUUCCCACAGACUUUUGCGGCAGGGGAAAAAUCCCUCGUCGGCGGAGGCGUCGGUAGAUCCACACGAAGAAUCCUUGAUAGCAGGAGGGGAGUCAUCUGCUAGUAGAAGAACUUCUAUCGCAGGGGCGGGGCAGCGUGAGCCGCAGGUAUUUAUUAAUUUCGCUCAAAGUCUAUAGUUUAGAUGUAGAAGCACGCACGUUUUUUACAUAACUCUUGUCGUGGGGGACAUAUUAGCAUGGAAAGUACAAUUUUGGAACCUCAAGAGGGGCAGAGUCUGCCUCCAGCCUGAGCCGCUUUGCCACAAACAAGUUCCGCUAAAGUCACUGUAGCCGUACCUAAUAUUCGAAACUCAGCAACAAGAUGGCACUGUACGACCGCAAAGAACCGCCGGAGGAUCAUCCACUGUACGACCUGCGGCGAAAAACGUGUCCGGCAAAGACCUUUCGCUUUCCUCGCGUGGUCCGCUACCGAAAAAAAAACUGGCGUGUACGACGAGUCGAGAUGCUAUUGCAUGCAGGAAAAAAUCAGCCGAUGGUCUCGAAAAUAAGGCUACGGAAGAUGGCGAAAAGACUUCCGCAUGUCGACCAGAAGAAAGACACGCCUCCGCUCCGAAGGCGCAGGAAAUCUGGAAAAAAGCUGUGACGACCACAGGCAUUUCUACCACUAGUAGUUGGAACCUAGCUGCGCCCGAGUUCCUCCCCGCUUCAUCUUCAGGUCACCAGACCACCUUUUCUGCUGCAGGAGCUGCUGAUGAUGUAGUAGGUGGUGCUGGAGGCUCGUCCGCGUCGAAGAUCAUAGCCUCAUACUCCACGGAACAAGAUCACGAACAGUGGGCAGACCAGCAGCAAUCGCCAGAUUACAGCAGAAGGAGCUCCUGUAUUAACGCCGCCGGGUCCUCUCCCGUGAUCACCACCAGGUCAAAUGAAACAAGUCCAACUGGUGAAACAGCACCAAGCGUCCUUCCAAACGGGGCACUCUGCAUUCCCGCGGGCAACAUGUUUAUGGGUUGGACCAUCGUGCAGAUGCCUGUGUUUGUGAUGAAUUCGCCUGUGGGUGCUGCUGCAGGAGGAGGAGCCCCGGCGGCCAGUGGAAUAACUCCUGCCUCUGCGCCGGGUGGAGCAACCGGGGGCCCUUGCGCCAUCGGAGGUGGCUGCGCAGUGUCCUCCUCGUCGUGUUCUUCCCACCCGACGAGAGACGACCAGCAGCACCGCAUCGGCAUCGUACAGAAGUCUUACAACCCAGCAAUUCUUGUAUCACCACCGCAGUCAGAGGACUCAGCGCAGCUGCACCAUAGUACAGCCAGCCUGGGUGUUGAGGAAAUAUGUGAAGAGUUCGGCUUCAUUGCACCAGCCACGACUACUGCUCCAUCGUCUUCUUCUUGUGAAGUUGCUGUAACUGACUCCGAUGUUCUCGCGUGUAGAAGAAGUCUUUCACCAGCCUCGAGCCCACGACUCUCGUUCUCUCGGUGUGUCACGGAGGACAACAGCUCGAACGUCCACGAGGGUCUGUCGGAUUUCCUCCGCACGGCAGCCACGGCGAUUGGAGGCACAACUACAAGCGGUGUUGAUUCGGCGAGGGGAGAUGACAGGAGGAGGUCCUCGCAGGAUCAGGAACAGAAGCACUGAACCGACUACGUAGAAGUCGCGGUAGACCUCGACGAAGCGGAAGCAGUGUGCUCGGGCCACGGAGAAAUACAGAAUGCGGAGAGCAGUGAUGAAAAGACGGAGCCUUGGCAGAUGUGAAGGAAUAUCGGCGAUGCUCUUGGUCAAGAGGAAAGAAGUGAGAAAGACUGUAGCUCUAAGAUGCUGUGGCUGUUUUUUGGAUUUAUCAUGAUUUGCCAAGAAUUGUAAGGAUUUUGUGAUUUUUAAGAUUGGAAGAUGUUGGCUUACUUCUUUGUGGCGAUUCGAAUUAUUGCAAUUGCCAUUUUCGCCUUCGUUGGCCUUCUGAAGAGCAACAACGCUGCAACAUGACGCAUGCAACUAUGACUAUCACACGACGACGACCACGUGUAGGAAUAACUUCUAUCCAAAUCCGCGAGUCGGCCUUCUCCAUGGCGACAUGAUUUUCUGGUCUUGUCGUAAGUCGCCUGGACACGACGACCGAGCGGAUAAUGGUGCGUCAACUAAAGUUGUGUAUUCUUGGUGAUGGUGGUGCAGUAGGCUCUCGUACAUAAUAUGCGAGCGAGCGUCGUUGUUGUUGUGUUACGUCGCUUACAGGGAUAAUAGACGCUCUCUAUCUACUUCUCUACUUCUUUACUCGUCCGAUAGCAAACUUCACUGUCUGUAGGGCAAGGGGGCGAAAGGCUUUGUUGCGCAUGGAGCUGCGCACACCAGCAGAAGUUCUUUAUUUGAAUGUAGUACCGUAACCGUACUAGUCUUAUGCUAAUACAUCUUCGACUCGCUUUUCUAGCCCGUAUUUGUUUCAUAAAUGAAACUACUCCUAUCGUCCUUUGAUUCUCUUGAUGCGAAAAUGAUUUUGGAGAUAAUGACAAAAUGACCUAAACCUUGUCGUAAAAAACACUUCCAGUUGCUCCGUCCGCCCGGAUUGUUUUCCCCUGACCACGCGAGCCGCAAAAGGAAUACUUACACGCGGAGGCUUCAGGACUACAGAGAAAACGAAAACGUCGACCAACGCUGGAUAAGCUUACGCGGUGGAGGAAAGGGUACCAGCAGCGGUUCUUCAUUUAUUCCAAACGCUCUAAAUUCGUCGUCAAGUACAACUCCCGGCGUUAGACAUGCCCGCACCUCCGGGGGCGCGAACAAGAAGGGCCAGGGCCAUGGGUCGACGCGAACAAGAGUGCUGGAGGAACUGCAGCGGGGCGGCAAGGGCGGGGCGAUCUCCAAGGGCAAUAAAGGUCCCAGCAGCACAAGAUUUUCGCGCCAAGAACAACAACAGUUGCAACACUUUGCUCCCACCGGCUCGACCCCGCCACCAACACCACUACCAGGUUCCGGCUUGUUUCCAUUUCCAUUCCAACAUCAAUCGCAGCCUGGAGCCGCACAGUUUGCGCAAAAUUCUCUGGAUAUCUUUCCCCCAGGGUUACCGCUGCCGCCAUUCUUUCAACAACCCGGACUGCUACAGCAGGGAGUUGUCCUGGCAGGAGGUGGAGCUGCUCCCACGUCAGCAGGAACUGCAUCUCCUCCUUGUCCAGCACCACCGCAGCUGCUUGUUGAUGCCUCCUCACCAAUCAAUGUGCCGGUUCCGCCGACACCCGCCAGGGAAAGCUUCUUACCGUUCUAUGAUUUCGGUGUUGAUUAUGAUCUUCAACAACACAAAUCAUCAACCGGGACUACUUACAGCGACCCGUGGUUUCCCGUGCCGACACCGCAAGGAACGGCAGCAGGGGUCGCCGACGGGGACGCGAGAACGGUGCCUCGUCCAGCUGGUUCUACCUGCGCCGCAAGUUCAAAUGCCGACGAAGGCGGGCCACCCAAAGUGGAGGCUGAAACCGCGAACACGGCGCCAAGCACUAGACGGAAUACUACACAAGAGCAAGAGGAAGAAGACACAACUCCAUCUACCUCUUUGUUCGAUUGCUUCUUGUUCAGCACGAGCAGCUCGAAGGACGAUCAUGGAGCGGCAGGUGGACAUCAACACGAUAAAAAUCAAAAUGAAAACCAAGAGCCAGACUCUGAACCUGCCCGACCAGGUGGAUCAGUUGGCACUGAUGAAAACGCCGGGGGCGCUCAGCAAAAACGUAGCACGACCCGUGAAGGAGCAGGUCAUCUUCAUGAUGGAACACCAAGCAUAGCCGUCGAGCGCCAGCAAACAACUGCUACUACCCGGACGACAGAACCAAAUGCAAUCGGAGCUGACGAGGACGAGCGCGCGUUCGCACUCGCGCAUGCUAUCCGAGAUAUUAUAACGCAAAAACCGAGCAGCGCCACGGCAAGCAACUCUGUGCGCGCCAGCACUACAACAGGUCCUCAUCCAACUGGGACGACGACAUCCCCAGUAGACCACGCAGCUCGCCCCCCACCUGCAGGGCAACAGGCUGAGACGACCACUGCUCAUAGGCCAAAUAACGAACCGCUUUUCGGCAGAAGACAGCAAAAAGCACAACCGGUCGCUUACUAUUUGGACGAGGUGGAGCGAGCAUUUGUUGAGUCCUAUUCAUUGCAAAAGCACCGUGAUCCCUACUGCUAGGUGUGAAUAAACGCGUGAGAAAUAAUGAUCAGUUGCAGUUCAAAAGGAAAAUAAACUGAUGAAUGUGUGGUCAUGCAGACUUCAGGUAGCAAAUGCAAACUUCCACAUCUGCUGACAUGACGCGUUAUGAGCGCAAUUAGUACGAGGACUGCGAUGCUUUUGCACGGGAUAAGUCCUCCUCACCAGCAACAGCGGGCGGAGCAGGUGUGUCCCCGUCGGCGUCGCCAUAUUACAACUCAUAUUCGCCACCAGCAACGCCUGCAACACAUCUUCCAUUUGGAGGAGCAACAGCAAGUUCACCAUAUGCUAAUGUACUCCCAUUAUACAACCAGUCACCUUCUUCCCCACCAGUACCACAUCCACCCUCCAGCUUCCCACAAGACGCAUCAUUACAGCACGUCCACCUCAUGCACCACAUCCCUCCAGCACCGCCACUUUCCCCACAUAUCUACCAGACUGUGACUGGUCCUGACAGCGGAACGCUCGGACACCAGUCGCAAAAUUAUCAGUUUCAACACGACGCCGCUCCGCCGCAAAGUCCGCACGUUUGGACCCCCAACCCGUGGUGCAGUAGUUCGGUACUCCCCGCUGCAGCCGCUGCCGCAAGUACUACAUCUACGGCAGCCGCUGCGUAUGCCCAGGCGUACCAGCAAUCGUGGCAGCAGUCGGCCUUGCAGUUGCAGCGCAUGAACUACCAGAUGUACGCGCAAGCGCAGUGCAUGGACCCCUACUCGCAGUGGUGGAUGCAACAUGUAGAGAUUUUUGCGAAUUUUUCAUCGCCCUAGUUUCUACUUUUACUUGUUUUUGCGUUGCAGCAUGCUUGCCUACUUCUCUGUCGUAGUAGUGCACUUGUUCUUGUUGUAUGUUGGUCACCAAGAAAGAUAAAACCAAAAACAUCAGUGCUCCCGCACGUGGAACCCUGGCAGUCCAGCCGUGCUCCAUCGCAAACAACUACUCCUAACGACUCCAAAAGGCGCGAAACGGACCAAGCAGCGAUUUUUUCGCGAUGGAGCAAAUUAUGCUUUCACAACGACUGGGGCUCCUGCGGCCACCGAACGUGGAGGAGGGACAUCUUCGUCUUCUUCAGGGUUAGUACAGUCUGCAAACCAUGUCCACCACCAGCAAGCGAAUGUUACAGCGACCCCGCUGACCCUAUCCUCUUCCUCGCUUUCGUUACACAAUCAACAGUACCAGGAACACCCUACUCCUUUCUCGUCCAUGGGACUGGCAUCCUCCGCGUUGCAUUUUGUUCCGCCGACAGCUACCCAGGCACAGGAGCUGCUGCAGCAGCAUCAGCAAUUACCACAAGAUGCAGCUCAUCAUGGAGAAGCACACCGCAGUGGCUUUUCUUACGUCCAUGAUUUUCUGCACAGGAGCUCGGAUUGGAAUGAUUUGAGCCCGCCGCCGAGCAACUACUACAUUGGAACACCCCCGGCAUCGGCGGCGAUACCGAGGUCGCAGUGGUGGCCACCAGGAGCGGCAGUGGAGCAGACGAAUAAUGGGAACCAUAACCCUGCGAGCCCUGUUGAUCUCACGGCCACAACGGGAACAAGAAGGACCACUGCAGAACUUCUUGCAGCUGCACCGCCGCAAGCACAACAAGGUACGCCUUAUGGUGUGGAUAGUGCUGAAGCAGUAGCUGGUCCAGCAGCUCCUACAACUUCUACUACGAGCGGUACACAAGCGCAGCUAUUUUCCUCCGACGCAGCUUCGCCUCAGUUUCUAGCGCACUACGGGCCUCGACCAGCUGCACAACUAGUACAGCCGGGAAUAUUGUCCGAACAAUCGCGAGACGGGCCAGCUCCUGCACCUCCCCGUCAUGAGCCGACCACUUCUCUAGGUACUACAGCGUCUGUGGCGGCGGUUGUCUCCGGUGCGGCUCAGGAGAACAACAUGGUAGCAGAGAGUAACGGUGAAGAGGCCGCCGGAGCCGGACAUGCAGUAGGUACUGGACCUGGUGACGGAGCUGCCGUCUCCGAUUUAGAAGUUGUCACUGACAGUGCUGAAGAUGAUGAUCCGUUUCGUAUGCGGCUCUGAGGAGAUCAUGUCAUGCUCACUUUAACUUUUUAUUGACGUAAGUAUUUUUUAACCUGUUACAGGUGCUCGAAUUAAAAUGGGCCUCUAUGUUGAUCAGCGUAUGUUGUUUUCUAUUCUACUCGGUCAUUUAAUACACGUAGCACGAACAGACUGGCGCUGGUCCCACUUUCUUGAGAAUAGAGCUUCCUCCAAUGAAAAUUGCGCCGGUGGAUUUUUUCGUCCAGCCGCGUGGUGCUGGAGUGUUUGCGCAGGCCAUAGCAGAGUUCUACUUCUAGACGCAGACGCAAGAUACGAGAUAUGUAAGACAAAAAAUAAAGUUGGUCAUCUUCAACGGGCCAAAGGAGCCUCUAGUAAGCGACAAUGACAAAAAAAAAGUGCAAUUAUAUCAACUAGCUAGAAGAAAUAGUGUCUAUCAUCGACGCUUUUCUUUUAUCAAACGUGCGGCUCGUGCACAACAAGAGAUCUUCAAUAUUGCACAACACGAAAGCUUCAAUAUCACAUUUUAGGAACACCACUAGGAAGAGAAAUAGCAGGCUCGCAGAAACCAAUAAAAAAAUGAAUGUCUUCAGAAAUAUGUUUUCCUUAUCAAAUGUACCCCACUUGAUGGUUCGAUGCCUGCAAAACCGCAAUCUCAAUGCGCACGCAGCCCUUUCGCUUACGCUUUCGCUCCUCUGUAGUUAUGUACAUCAUUGUUUCGCUCGGUUUCUUUUUUCGACUUUUGUUCUUUGAGUCUCUUACCUACUCUUUCCAAAAGCGAGUGUUGUUGCAGAAGCGCUUUCAGAUUUGCCACAACUCGAGAUUUAUUGCUUGCACCCUCGGAAGUCGUUCUUUCUACACUAUGGUCUCUUACUCAUCAGAGUUUAAGUUUUCCGAAUUGAGUGGCCCGCGUGCCUUUAUCUGCAAAAGUAGAAGUACCGAUUUGAGAACAAAGUAGUUCAUCCACACGAUCAUUAAAGGAAAACAAAAAACCAAAACGCAAAGUAAAUUUUUUCACCAUGUUGAGCUUCAUCUUGAUGACGUUGACGGUUUAUGCAAAUGAACUUUGUUUUUGUGUUUCUUGUAAUUGC